AAGGCGCGUAGUAGCCGAAAGUACUGAAGAAACGAGGGUUUUCUCCAGUCAACAGUGAGCAGUCGUCAGCAUAAAGUAGUUAAGAACGUGUAUUAUCAUAUAAAUGAAACACCAACAAAGCCUGCAUAAUUUUUAAUGCAUUUUUUUUUUGGAGCAUAGUUUUAUUUUUUUAUAAUUAGAAUAAGUUGUGAUAUCAUGGGUCAAGACACUCAAGUAGAAAAGGAAGAUGAUCGUCCCAAGUGGCUUUUGGAGUUGGAAAAUCGAAAAAGAAAGCCACGAUUAGCUCACGAAGUUGGUGCAGGAUCACCAUGCAUAAAAUGUAACUCUGAUUGUCCAGGUUUAGAUUUGCAUUUUUGGAGAAAAAUUUGCAAAAAUUGCAAAUGUGGCCGCGAUGAUCAUGAUGUUCCUGAUGAUGAAUUUCCACAGUUUGAUUUAUUAUUUGGUCCUUCAGGCAAACCUAAACGACGAGCGAUUGUGCUUAAAAUAAAUAAGCAACAAGUAGACAAUGAAGAAACAUUUGAAUGGGCCCCACCAGACACAACAAAAGAGUUAGCAGCAGAUUACAUGAAAGCAUUACCUCAAGACAAAUUGCCCAUCAAAGGGUCUAUAGGAGCAGCUUUGAGAAAGCAACAACUUCAAAAACAGCUUCCAUUACAUGACAUUGAUCAUAAAGUUUGUGAUGAACUGUCCGAGUCAGAGAGAAAGCAGUUUGAGAAAUAUUUAGAAAAUAUUAAGAAUUAUGUUGGUCAAGGAAAAGUAUCAAAAAUUGUGACUGCUAAACCAUUUGAAAAGUCUUUAAUAACUCCAGCUAAUGCUUCCGAAUGUUUUACUCCUAAUCAUAAGAUCAAUGUAAUCAAUAGUCAACCUCCAAAUUUAAGAACUCCAAGUAGUUUUGUUCCUAAAUCAAUCAAAAUGCAGUUAAAACCGUCCUUUACAUCUCAGGAAGAAACAUUAAAUGUUAACCCAAAUCAUAAUUUAAAUCGAAGUGUUAAUAGUAGUAACAGUUUAUUAAAUAAUGAUUCUCAAGCUACACCAAGUCAAUUGAACGACAUUCCAAGCUCUCUUUUAGGUCAAAAAAUGAACAAUAAGCUUAAGAAUGAUACUCAAGCCAUACAAAGUAGGCUAGAUAAGGUAAAGAGUCCUAUUAUGGAUAAAGCUCUUAGUGAUUCUUCAAAACUAGAACCAGGUAGAUAUCAUCAUCUCUUGGAAAAUAUAAAAAAUGGGGAAAAAAUGGCAGAAUCCAAUUUAUUACCUUGCGAUUAUAAUGCUGCGAUUAAUUUUGCAAAUAUUAAGAAAUUAUCUCCAGAAGAAAAAUAUUCUACUGCUGAUCAAUAUAAUAAUGGAGUUACUCGAAAAGAUUUUGCUAAUAGUUCAUCUAAUUUUGGUCCAAAAAAUUUUAAUAAUUCUCCAUUACAAGGGUCUUCCAAAAAUUCUGAACAGAAUGGAUGUUAUAGUAAUCGCGAAAUAACUCCAAAAGUACCUGAAUACUUAGUAUCAGUGAAUUCUGUUCCAUCUAAUAAAUACAAUCCUUUAUUGAACUUAGUUAAGUCUAAUUUAAAUACCAGUAACAAACUCAAUAAUGAUUCCAAUAGUCUUCCUUAUCAAUCAGCGCAUCAAAAAAUUGAGAAUCCACGUUCUGAAUUAGCAAAAAUCGAUUCCGGACCACUCAAAUCUCAUUGUUGGGCUAAAAAAUGGAAUCAAUUAUCUGAUGAAAGCAAUAUAAAUUCUGACAGAGAUGAAAAUUCGAUUUUGGCUUCAAAAAUGCUAUCAGAUGCUCUACUUCCCCCAAGUUCUAUUCACUCUUCUGAUAUUAUUGGAAGUACUUUAGAUCAGAAAGGGCUUUCGUUUAUCAGGGAAAAACUUGCUUCAAAAUACAAUCCAACAGACGGACCAGUUGAUCAAAAUAAUCUUUUGAAGAGCCGAGAAUUGAAACAAGAAAACCAAAAACCACUUUCAAAGCUUAUUAAUCAAGGAUUCAAUACAAAUUCAAUAAAUCAAAAUAAUUCUAAACCAGUUCAAGCUCAUUUCAGUAGUUACAAAACUCCAGAAAAUUCUACAAUUAAUUCAGAAAACUUGAAGUAUCCUGUGUUUCCUGAAGAGGCUGUUGGUACUACACGAAUCGUGGAGGAUCCUAAUGUCAAUAGGUUGGGAGGAGCAAUGAACAAUUUAUCAAUGAAUCAAAAUAAUCAUAAAGUACAGAAAUGUCAUCAGUGCCAAGAAGGAAUUUUUGUUGGGGAUGUGGUCGUAACCGCAGAAAAAGCCAAAGAUGCGGCAUGGCAUCCUGGAUGUUUCGUUUGUUUUGAAUGUAAUGAACUACUUGUAGAUCUAGUUUAUUUCUAUUAUAAAGGAAAACUUUAUUGUGCUCGUGACCUUGCUAAUUUAUUGGGAAUUCCUCGAUGCUUUGCUUGUGAUGAGUUAAUCUUUGUAAGAGAAUAUACAGUAGCAGAAGGUCACAAUUACCAUGUGAAACAUUUUUGCUGUUGGGACUGUGAUAUGCCAUUAGCAGGACAACAAUAUAUAUCUGAGAACGAUCGACCUCUUUGUUUCCUUUGCUAUCAAAAAACUUAUGCAAAAACUUGCUAUAGCUGUCAAAAAUUAAUAGAAGCCGAUCAACAAGAGUUAAAUGUUAAGGAUUUAACGUUUCAUGCAUCUGAUAAAUGCUUUUGCUGUGCUAGUUGUAGUAAAAGUUUGUUAAAUGGUCGAAUGACUAUAAAAGAAAAUAAGUUAUUUUGCAGCAAGGAAUGUGUUACUAUGUAUGUCAAUCAAAGCCGAUCUUGAACUAUUAUUCUUUUUACUAAGAAUAUUAUUAUAUUAAUUAUUUUAUACAAUUGAUGAAUAAUAAUUAUUUAUUCAUAUAAAAUGCA